AUGGCAAUUCUCGAGUCUAGCAUACCUACAACUAGUGAAGAGGAACGGAAUGACACUCGGGGGGGAACCGAGGCACCGGUUCUUCUAAUGGGAUACUAUAAUCCAUUCAUUCGCUAUGGAGAACACCGUCUAAUGAAGGACUGCAAGGAAGGGGGUGUCAAUGGCUUUGUGAUGGCUGAUCUUCCUCCCGAGGAAGCAGUUCGUUUCAGAAAUCUACGCAACCAGAGCAGUCGUCCCUAUGCCCCAGUUACCUCCCCAGCAGCUUCUGUUUCUCGCAUGAAAGCUCUAUGCCAGAUCGCCAACUCGUUUAUCUAUGUUAUUUCACGAAUGGGCGUCACCGGGGCCACCAAUGAACUUAGUUCAGAUCCUCCCCAGCUUAUGAAUCGUAUCCGUGCUUUGCCUGAAAAUACGCUAGCAGCUCUUGGAUUCGGUGUCAGCAAGCGCGAGCACUUCCUGUUGGUCCAGGAUAUCGCCGAGGGCUGCGCAAUUGGUAGCCAAAUUAUAAGUGUGGUGGGUGACGCACCUGCCGGUCAGGAAGCUAGACGCCGGCUACAAUCUCCAUUUGAUCGCCCUUGUUCUGAGUUUCCAUGA